UUUACUUCUCUUUGAUAGAAUGACUAAUAUGUCCUGCACGAGACAUGAAGGCACAGACGUCUUUCUUCCUCAUUCUCAUAUCAUCUCUGAGUGGAUCUCAAGGCAUAUUCCUUUCGGCUUUCUUCACUUAUGUUCCUAUGAAUGAACAAAUCAUCACUGGAAGACUUGGUGAAGAUAUAAUUCUCCCUUCUUCAUUUGAGAGGGGAUCCGAAGUUGUAAUACACUGGAAGUAUCAAGAUAGCUACAAUAGCUACAAUGUUCACAGUUACUACAAAGGCAGUGGCCAUUUGGAAAGCCAGGAUACCAGAUAUGCAAACAGGACGUCCCUUUUCUAUAAUGAGAUUCAAAAUGGGAAUGCGUCUCUAUUUUUCAGAAGAUUAAGCCUUCUGGACGAAGGAAUUUACACCUGCUAUGUAGGAACAGCAAUUCAAGCGAUUACAAACAAAGUGGUGCUAAAGGUGGGAGUUUUUCUCACACCCGUGAUGAAGUAUGAAAAGAGGAACACAAACAGCUUCUUAAUAUGCAGCGUGUUAAGUGUUUAUCCUCGUCCAAUUAUCACGUGGAAAAUGGACAACACACUUAUCUCUGAAAACAAUAUGGAAGAAACAGGGUCUUUGGGUCCUUUUUCGAUUAACAGCACACUGAAUAUUACAGGAUCAAAUUCAUCUUAUGAAUGUACAAUUGAAAAUUCACUGCUGAAGCAAACAUGGACAGGGCGCUGGACAAUGAAAGAUGGCCUUCAUAAAAUGCAAAGUGAACAUGUUUCACUCUCAUGUGAACUUGUAAAUGAUUAUUUUUCACCAAACCAAGACUUCAAAGUUACUUGGUCCAGAAUGGAAAGUGGGAUUUCCUCUAUCCUGGCUUACUAUCUGAGCUCCUCACAAAAUACAACUUUCUAUGAAUCCCGAUUCUCAUGGAACAAAGAGCUGAAAAACCAGAGUAAGCUGAAAAACCAGAGUGACUUCUCUAUGAAUUUGACGGAUCUUAGUCUUUCAGACAGUGGGGAAUAUUUGUGCAAUAUUUCUUCGGAUGAAUAUACUUUACUCACCAUACACAUGGUGCACGUAGAACCAAGCCAAGAAACAGCUUCCAGUAACAAAGGCUUAUGGAUUUUGGUGGCCAGUCUGAUUUUGGUGGCCGGUCUGAUUUUGCUGAUUUGGAAAGUUAAAUGUUGCACAGCCCAAAUAGAAGCCAGGAGGAACAGACACCCUGCUGAUGGAGCCCAACGAGAAAGACGUUGUGUCUCUACUGAGAGCACUCACGAUGAUAAUGCCUCUGAUAAUGCCGAAGAAAACAUGGUAAGGCAUUAUUUCCUUUAUCAAACAAUAUACAGUAUAAAAAUGCUUCUUUAAAAGGGUAAUCGAAGUUCUGACUGAUUCACAUAUCAUCACGCAAGACUUUUAUAUAGAAAAAAAAAAACAGCAAGGAGGGGUUGCAGGAUAAUAUAGCACGAAAAAUAUAAUUAGACUUUUCCCAAUGUCUAUAAUUAAACAGGCUCUACUUGCUUAAAUACAUGGUUGUUCUUCUUGUCUCCUAUUGUUAUUUGUAGAGAAGAUCUCCAAUGGCAUUGUGCAUAUGAGGGUGAGCCAAUGUACUUAUGAUAGAAGCAUGAAAUAUGGGAUUGUAUACAAGUGGAAAGAAACACAACUAUAAUUCACUUGCAAAUUAUAGUUUGAUUGUAUACUUCCUUUUUACUGCAUUCCUUUUAUUAUUUACGUGUUCCAUUAAUCAGAAUAUAAAUAAGGGCUAGGAGUGUGAUAAACUUGUUUUUCCCACUGUUAAAAACCCUGAAACAGCUAGUAGGGAGAUUAAAAUUAACUGAUAAGACUCAGACUUAUUUUGUAAUGGUCUCAUGGAUUUUUAAUUAUAGACGCCAGCAAUAGACUAAAGCUUCUUACCGCCCACCCCAAAACACUACUAUCAUUAAAUAUUUAAGAUAUAAAUGGUUAUUCUGACUUGAACAACAGACAUUUAGAGUCUAUUUUUCUCGGUUCUAGUGUCUUUCAGGAGGAGUACAGGAAAUGAGAGAAGACCUUGACAACUCAUGAUAAGCAUCCUUAAUAUCCAGUGACUUCAUAUCCCCUUUCUGCACUGCAAUUCUAGGCAAUGGCCUGUCAGACCAGACAGUUCUACCACUGCAAAGACUUGUAACCAUUUUCUAGUAUCACAUUUACUUUUCAAGACAUAAGGAUCAUUCACUGACCCACUACCUGCAUUGAGUAUAAAUGCCCGGAUGUUAAGGAUUCCAAUUUAACUUCAAAAAGAACUGUCUCAUUCAUUUAUAUUCCUGUUCCAGUCAGCCCAGGAGGUUACAGUGAGCUCUCCGCUAAGAAUCUGGAAGAAAUGCAUCACUAGGGGUUGGUUCCCAAUCUGAUCAACUAAUAAUGGGUGAGAGAGCAAAUAAGAGCAGAAGUCACCUUAGUGGAAAGGUUAAAAACCAGAGCCUGGAAACCAAGAUGAUUGAUUUUACAAGGUAUUUUUUUCUAGUUUUAUAUGAAUGGUUAUAUCAGGGUAACCAACUCAAUUUGGGAUGAAUCUUAGGGAGGCCAAAGAAUAAGACUGUCAGUAUCUUUAAGAUUGCUAGGAAAAAGGGCCCUAU